UGCCAAACGACCAAUUGCAUCCGCGCUACUAUUCUUCCGAGUCGUCCAAUCUCUCAACCCGCAGGCCACCUCCCCAAAGCUCUCAGUUCAAUCCGCGUUCACAAAAUGGGGAAACUCCCCACGACCCUCAUGCGCCGGCCGUCGCUGGCACCAGGCAGCUGCCUCCCCUCUACCAGUCCCGCAGCAGCAGCAGUAGCAGCGACAACAAUAACAGCAUCACCAAGGACACCUCUCGCGCACGCCGCCUUCCCGUGGCCGCCAGCACCGUCCUCGCAGCAACAAGUGCGGCACGCGACCUUCGUGCCGCGGCCGCGGCGGCCGUACCAGUUCACCCAGCUGGUGCAGCUGUCGGACGGGUCGACGUUCACGAUGCGCACGACGUCGCCGGUGGCGCUGUACAAGGCGGCCAAGGACAGCCGCAACCACAUCCUGUGGCAGCCGAGCGAGAAGUCGCUCAAGAACGUCGAGGUCGACGAGGCCGGCAAGCUGGCCGCCUUCCGCGGGCGCUACGGCAACGUGUGGAACCUCGAGGGCCCGACCAUCAAGGUCGGCGAGCAGGCGCAGACGCAACAGCAACAGCAACAGCAGCAGCAGCAGGAGGAGGGCAAGACGGAGGCUGAGAAGGAGGGUGCGGCGGCGAAGGCGGAAGGCAAGCCAGCAGAGCCCGCGACGCCGGAAGAUCCGUUCGACUCGCUGGUUGACCUCAUCAGCGCGUACGCGACCGAGGACAAGAACCUCAAGGGCGGGCUGAGCGCCAAGGACCAGGCGAGGUUAGACAAGAGGAAGAAAUGAGGCGCUGGGGGGGGAGAAACGGAUCCUGUAACAUAGAGAACCAAUCUUUGUAUUUUCUGCUGAGCUAAACCAGUCCUGCCGGCACCGGCAAGCCGGUCUGUAUAAAUGGAUUGAGCAACCAA